AUGGUGGUGAGACACGUGGAGGACGCCAAGCAGUUCCAGAACCUGUUGAGCCAGACCGAGCAGCUGGUUGUCGUCAUGUACUCGGCCGAGUGGUGUAGCAACUGCCGCAUGAUCCGGCCGCAUUUCUACAACCUCUCCGAGCAGUUGACCAACAUCGUCUUCGUGGAGGUGGAUGUCGACGACGCGGAGCCGCUCGCUCGGUCCGCUGGCAUCACAUGCAUGCCCACCUUCCACUUCUUCAGGCGCUCGGCCAGAAUGGGAGAGUUCUCGGGGACCAAGAGGGAGAAGUUGGAGCGCCUACUGGACGAACUGCAGUGAGCGGCCUGUUAGAAAUUUAGAAAAAAAUAGACAGGGAAAAACGAAAGCCCAAAAAAAACCUGGAGUUUGAAUUCUCUGGAUUAAUAAAAGUGCAGCUAAAAAUAUAUAACCAGAGAAAGUAAGGGAGGCAGUUUUCAAAAUUCAUCUUUGGAAUGUGCCCGUCACCUUCU